UGCGCCGGGGCAGCGAAAGCAGCCCCCGGGGUACCUGGGUGUAUAUAAGCGACCGCCGGAGUCGCCGUGUAGGACAGGCACAUUUGGUCUCUCGACUCUACCGUAGCCCUAACAAUCAUGCUGAAGCUCGCCGUCUUCCUCGGCCUCGCGGCCUCCUGCUUCGGUGGUUACGUCGGUGGCUACGGCCUCGGCUACGGCCACGGUCUCGGCUACGGUCUUGGCCACUACGGUCUCGGAUACGGCGUUGGACACUACGGCCUCGGCUAUGGACUUGGCUACGGUCACGGUCUCGGCUACGGUCUUGGCUAUGGCUACACCGGCCUCGGCCACGUCUUCGGAGGAGCCGUCGCUGCCGCCCCUGCCGCGGUCGUCCACCACGCUCCUGCUGCCGUCGUCCACCACGCACCCGCCGUGGUCGCCGCUCCCGUUGCCGUGGCUCGCCCCGUAGUCCACGCCGUCGCCGCUCCCGUCGCCGUCGCCCGCCCCGUCGUGCACGCCGUCGCCGCUCCGGUCGCCGUUGCCCGCCCCGUCGUGCACGCCGUCGCCGCUCCGGUCGCCGUCGCCCGCCCCGUCGUGCACGCCGUCGCUGCUCCGGUCGCCGUCGCCCGCCCCGUCGUGCACGCCGCACCCGUCGCCGUCGCUGCUCCCGCCGUUGCCGUCCACCACGCCCCGGCGGUCGUCGCUGCCGCUCCCGCUGUGGCCGUCGGAGGCUAUGGCCUUGGCUAUGGACACGGCCUGAGCUUCGGUCUCGGAUACCAUGGAGUCGGCUAUGGUCUCGGCUACGGCUACGGCCUCGGUGGAUUCAACUACGGCCUCGGCGGACACGCCUACGCCCUCCGCAAGAAAUAAACUACUGGAAUGACCUAACGCCGUGGAACUUCGUCGCCGGGCUCCCGGACGUCUCGAAGACUUCGGCAGUUCCAUCAGCACCGGCAUCCACCGGCACGACAGAAAUUCUCCCAAGUCUUGAGGCGUCGCAAGCCGUCCGGGAGAGCGGCCAUGACUCACAACGCGCGCCUUUCAAAGUAGAAAUGUUCUCAUGCCAAUGUGCACGUCUACGUUCUGGUUGUCCGAUUUUCUUUCGUAUUAUUCUUUUUUUUUUUUCAAA